UUUAUAGAAGAAAAGAAAGCAGAUCCAGAGAAUGGGAAUGCAGGUGGUAUGGAUGUAGAAGAAAGAAAUCGUCAAAUGAAAAUAAGCAAGUACAAACAGGCAGCAGGAUCAGACUCCAGGCUGGAGCAAGAUUAUCAUUCUAAGUAUCGGUCAGGACGGGAUCCUCAGCGAGGCUCAGACAAUAUUUCCAAUAAAUCUUCAGACAGUGAUGUCAGUGAUGUGUCAGCUGUAUCAAGGACAAGCAGCGCUUCUCGUUUCAGCAGCACAAGCUACAUGUCUGUCCAAUCAGAACGACUGAGAGGGAACAAGAAAAUAAGUGUCUUUACAUCCAAAAUGCAAAGCAAACAGAUGGGCGCCUCAGGAAAGAACAUGACUAAGAGCACCAGCAUCAGCGGGGACAUGUACACGCUAGAGAAGAAUGAUGGCAGCCAGUCUGACACAGCAGUGGGCACUGUGGGCACUAGUGGCAAAAAACGACGCUCCAGCAUCGGCGCAAAGAUGGUAGCGAUUGUGGGUCUGUCACGAAAAAGCCGCAGCACUUCUCAACUCAGCCAAACUGAAGCUGGUGGUAAAAAGCUGCGGAGCACUGUCCAGAGAAGCACAGAGACUGGGCUGGCUGUGGAAAUGAGAAACUGGAUGACACGUCAGGCCAGUCGGGAAUCUACAGAUGGCAGCAUGAACAGCUACAGUUCUGAGGGAAAUCUGAUCUUCCCAGGUGUGCGGUUGGCCUCUGACAGCCAGUUCAGUGAUUUUCUAGAUGGACUUGGCCCUGCUCAGCUAGUAGGACGCCAAACGCUGGCGACACCAUCUAUGGGUGAUAUCCAGAUAGGAAUGAUGGACAAAAAAGGACAGUUGGAGGUAGAAAUAAUACGAGCCCGUGGCCUUGUUGUAAAACCAGGUUCAAAGACACUGCCAGCACCAUAUGUAAAGGUGUAUCUAUUAGAAAAUGGAGCCUGCAUAGCCAAAAAGAAAACAAAGGUAGCAAGAAAAACGCUUGAACCUCUUUAUCAGCAACUUUUGUCAUUUGAAGACAGCCCCCAAGGAAAAGUUUUACAGAUAAUUGUUUGGGGAGACUAUGGACGUAUGGAUCACAAAUCUUUUAUGGGAGUGGCACAGAUACUUUUAGAUGAACUGGACUUGUCAAAUAUGGUGAUUGGAUGGUUCAAACUUUUCCCCCCUUCCUCCUUAGUAGAUCCAACUUUGGCUCCUCUGACUAGAAGAGCUUCCCAGUCAUCUCUUGAAAGUUCAACAGGACCUUCUUAUGCUCGCUCAUAGCAGCUGUGAAACUGUUGUCAUAGCAACCAGCGUUACAAAAAAAAAUUACAGGUCGCAAACCCUGGUAACACUGCAUGCUUAAUGUUGUGUCUUCUGAGCCUGUUUCUAGGGCUACCAAGCGAUCCUGUGUUCUCAGAGGAAGUUGCACACAUUGUGCACUAAGGAAGGCCCUCAGGUGAAAGAGUGGAGCUGUAAAGAACUAACAGGUUUGGAGUUCAGUGACACUUAAAUUUUGGUCCAAUCUGAAGCCAUGGAUUAAACUAAAAGAAUCAAUGUGUUUCAUGCAACAAAAGUCCUUUUCAAUGGCAUAUCUAUUUUGUUGCUCCCUUUUAAUUGCCCCUGCCCCAAGCCUGGUUAUGCCACAGAAAUGGAGCUACACCCCUCCCCUAUGAAGCCAUGUUACAAGUCAGUGGAAUAGCAGGCAUCAGAAGAACAACAGAAGAAUGUAAGACCAUUGAAAAAGAAAAGUCAGCUGUCAUAUGGAACAAAGACCAGAGAAAACUCUUCGUACUAGAAUGCUUUAAAGGUUAUAGUGGCAGGCUUCCAUAAUUCCAGCUAUCGCUACAGUGAAACCCCAGAUAUGAUGGACUCUCUGAAAAAUAAAAUUCUUUGGAUAUACUGUAUUGAAUAAAAUUAAAGAAACUUUUUUGCAUGGACACAGAUUUAGCUGAACACUUAAAUUAUUUUCUUGGGGCUGCAACUUGCAAAAAAAAGAAUAAAUCAGCCAUUUUCAACAAUUUAUAUUAUUUUUAAAAGUAAAUUUCACUAGUGCAUGGUUUUAAAGGGGAGAGAAUGCAACAGGUUGAUACAAAGACACCAUGUUUAUCAUUCUUUAAACCAAUUAUGAUCUGUGUUUUUGCAGACAUAUAUUAAAAAUAAAAGAUGAUAAUUUCUAGCUAAUAUUUAAAAUUCUGUUUAUGUGACAAGAAAUAAGUGUAAUAUAUUACAUUUAUUUAAAUGUAAAAGGUACAAGCUUUGUAAAGUUCAACAUUAUGUGCAAAUUGUACACUUCUUCCUCCUUUCUCUCUUCUGAAUCUUCCUUUGGCUCUUUUUCCCCCUCUUGUUUUCCAGGAUGAUCCAUUAUAUCCUAAAACUGCUGCCUUUUGACUUAUUACUUUCUAAUGCCCCAUAUUUGGUUCAGGGUUGCAGAUUGUUUUGCAUAUCUGAAUUCUUGGUCAAAAAUAUUGUUUAAGAGCUUAAUUUUUUCAAGCAUGUUGAAAAGGAUUUUGCAACAUGGCUUGGGAGUUCAUUAAAGUAAUUCAGCAUGUAUUUGAUAAAGAAGAUAUUUGAACUUUUUGCAAUUAAUUGUACAAUGCAUGAUAAUAUUUUCAUUUUUUUCUCACCUGCAAAUUGAAUUCUACAGCAAAAUACUGGAAUCGUGUGGCCAUUGUAAUAUGUCUUCAAUAAAUUUGUUUUCAGCACCAGCAUCAUUCAUUCAAGGCUUGAACUAUAAUUUCUUGAAGGUUUUGGAAAGAGAGAAAAAAUGAACCAAAUGUUUGAUUUUUAGGAACUAAAUUUCAACAGUUUCAUUUGCACUGAGCCAAACAAAUUGCUACAUAUUUGGAGUCAUGAUAACCAAGAAAGAUUAUUAAUUCUUCAUAACUCUUCUGCUGUAAAGUUCAGUUUUUCAUGGUCUAUAUUUGUGAUGGCAACAAUGUAAUUAGUGAACAUCAGUCUGCCAUAAAAAUGUCAAACUUUGAUUUGUAGCUGCCUUAAAGAAAGUAGAACAUGUAGCAUCGAACAGUUAUUUGACACCAUCAUCACAAGCCUAAACGCAAAGUCAACAGAUUAUAAAAUAUCUGUCUCCAUGUAGUAGGCAUUUACUACCAUUGGGUGGGGCUGCAAGUCUAGAUUGCGCAUUCACUUCUCAUAUUUAAAGGGAAGGUAACUGGCUAACAUUUAAUGAUAAACUUUCUCUUUUUUUCUUGCUCUUUAUAGGCCUUUAAUACAUAAUUAUUGUUUAAUGGUGAAAACUUGCAAUAAUUUUAGAAAUAUACAUUGCAUUUAACUUUAAAUUAAGGCCAUGCACACAGAAUUAUUCUGAUUUUGUUUGAAAAUCUAUUAAUGGUGCCCAUCAGAAAACUGUCCAUGUACUUUUAGUAACAACAGUAUCACUUUAUGUGCUUUUUCCUUUAUGUGGUGCAAUAUGAUACACAUCAAGACUUUGUCUUAUCAUUCUGAGAUUAUAUGAUGGAUUAAUGUUAAGUUAAUGAACAGACCGGUAAAACUAUGCUUAUUGAAAUAAUUUAGACACCUGUGUACCAGCAACAAAUAAAUGCUAAAGACAUACAGUCUACGAUAUCCCCCAGAAUUAAAAAAAGUACAAAACUGUUUUCCUAAUACUAUCAGAUACAGUCACACAUUCUUUUAUGCAUAUGCCUCUAUAAAUUAUUUCUAAUUUUGAAAAGGAAGAUAUGACCAUAUGGAAGGAUUGUAUAUACUUGCAUUAUGCAGUAUUUAUUUUAAAAUUUAAUGUAAUUUUUUUUAAUUGUCACACAUCUGCAACUCUACUUAUGAUUUAGUCAUGUAAAUAGCACUAUUCCAGUGAUCACUGCUGUCUUGUACAUAGUACGUUUUAAAAGUUAAAGGGAAUUACAGUUGGGGGAAAAAGGGCAGAUUAGGCCUGUAAUGAACACCAACUAAUGUAAAUCAAAUUCAU